CGAUGUCGCCUUUGGAACAUCGCUGUCCUGGUCAAAAUUUUCAAAAAAAAAAUCCGUUGGCUGCAGCAUUAAUUUCUCCAACAGCCAUAAUUUUGAAAAUCAGGCCGUUGGACACCACCUUUCCUAUAAAUUGGGACCCCCUCUCUUCACUUUUACACACACAAACACAAAUUCCUUCAAUAUCUUCACAUAUUUCAUCCUCUCUACUCUAAUUUUUUUGAGAUUUCUUCACAAUGGGCAAAGACAAGAACAGGGCAGGCACCUCCGGAAAAUCCAAGUCCAAAUCUCAGGCUCCAUCCACGACCUUCGAGGAACGCCUCUACUACGGCGAUGGAUCGUACCUCUGGUUCGAUUCCGAGGAGGAGCGCACCCGAUUUCUCACCUUUUUCUCCAAACGGGUUGUGGCUCCCCCACGAAUCAUCCCAGAGCGCUACCCGGAAUUGCAGGGCUACGACGACCUCGACGCGCAGCUUCAUCAAGCCGGCCUUUGGCCGUUCGUCUCCCGGGCGCGCAAGGAGAUCAACCCGGCGCUGAUCCGGGCCUUCUACUCCAACCUCCGGCGUGAGGACGACGUGCUCUACUCGCUCGUCAAGAGCACGCCGAUCGAGCUCACCGUGGAGCAGCUUGGGCGCAUCGCCGGCCUCCCCUUCCAAGGCGACGAUGUGUCUCACUAUGGUGGCGAGGAUUGGUUUGUCAUGAUCAACAUGACGAUUGCCGCGUCCACCGAGCACGACCACCUCCUCCCGUACCCGUUUUUGGUGAUGGACAUCCUUGAACGGUUCAAGGUAACCACCACCGUUGGCCCGCUCACGAAGGCCACGAAGAUUUGGACAAUCAGCAACCAAACCUUCCUCAAGCGGUCGGACAACGCCGCGGCUGCCACUGCCCAGCCACGCCGCACUGCCACUACCGCAGGCCAAGCCGAACCCCAGGCCCGGGCCAACCUUGCCUCCAUCGCCGACUCCCUCAACCGGCUCCACCUCAAGGUUGACGGGAUGGGGAGAUAUCUUGAACGGCUCGACGUGGCUGUUCAACGCCAAGGAUACGCAAUGAACUCGUACUUCCAAGGCAUUAACUACGUCCCCCCACCGUACCACGGCACGUUCUUUGGGCAAGUGUACGGUGACGAAGACGAAGCCGAUGACUCCUACGCCCCGUCAAGCUCCCCGGAUGAAGACGAGUUCGACGAUGCCAUCGAUGGGGAUGAGAUGGACGCCGACAACGACGAGGAGGAAACCGAAGACGAAGACUAGGACUCCCCCAAAAUUUCUAUCUCUUUUACUUUAAUUAUCCUGUCUUUUUUAAUGCUUUCGUUGUAAUCCGCUAUUUCCCUUUAUUUAAUAAAAUCAUUUCGUUUAUCUUUUUGUUAAUGUCAAAAGGGGGAAGAAAAGGGCUAUGCAUAU